AUGCCUCUGUUCAUUACUGGUACAACGCUUGCAAUUGGUGGGAUAGUUUUAUUAUAUACUAUUCAAUUUGAUAUGCUCUAUCCUUCAAAUUGGCCGACUGGAUCAAGAAAGUUUGUAGCGAGACCAUCUAAAUACGGAAUUCCAUAUUCAGAAGUAACAAUAUCAACGAAAGAUAAAGUUCGGCUUAAAGCAUUUGUCUGUAAACGUCCAAUAGAUCAAGAAGCGCGCAAAAGGCCAACGAUAUUGAUGUUUCAUGGAAACGGAGGAAAUAUGGGCCAUCAAUUACCAAUUGCUGAAAGAUUUUACAAAGAUUUUAAAUGCAAUGUUGUCAUGCUUUCAUACAGAGGUUAUGGUCGUAGUGAAGGUACACCGUCUGAAAAAGGAUUGCGCAUUGAUGCACAGGCUGCAUUGGAUUAUAUUAAAAAGAAUGAAGUAUUUAAAGAUACGAAGCUUAUAAUUUAUGGACAGUCAUUAGGCGGAGCUGUUGCAAUCGACCUGGUCUCAAGAUAUGAGGAACAAGUUGACGCGUUGAUUAUCGAGAACACAUUUUUGAGUGUGCCAAAAUUAGUUCCACAUCUUGUACCACAACUUCGUUAUCUAACAUUUUUGUGUAUUCAAUUCUGGUCAUCCGAUAAAUCCAUAAAAAAUAUUAAGCAAACGCCCAUUCUAUUUUUAUCUGGUUCAAAAGAUGAGAUUAUACCACAACAACAUAUGAAAUCGUUAUAUGAACUAGCACAACCGACGGGGGGGAAAGAAUGGAAAGAAUUUAGUAACGGAAUGCAUAAUGAUACAACUUUACAACCGGGCUAUUUUCAAUAUAUUGGUUGGUUUAUAAAAAAAAAUCUAAGCUUAAACGAAUAA